AUGACCAACUUUACCGUCACCGAGUUCGAGUCCCUGUGGGCGAUGGUGGAGGAUGCUAUGAACCCUGCGUGGAUGGAAGGUCGUGGCCGGCGCUCAACGACUAGCCCCAAGGACGCGCUAUUUAUGGCCCUCACCGCACCAACCUUCGAAAAGCUGUUCAUGCGCGUCCUACACGCUGUUCAGCCUAUGCUCUACGGCGAGUUGAUUCGAGUUCCAUCCAUGUCCGACAUGUCCAACUCGAAUCGACUAUUUGACCACUUUACGUACGCGUUGUAUGCAGUUGAUGUGAAGUUUCAGCCAGCACAGCGUCCAACGGGACGCUUGGCGGAGCAGAAACAUUACUUCAGCGGGAAGCACCAUCAAUACGGUUACAAGAUCGAGGCAAGCGUGUCACUGGAAGGCCAAUGUGUGGCAAUGACCGAGAGCUUCCUAGGAUCUGUGCAUGACCUGACGAUAUUGCACACCCGCACUGCCAUUCACGCGACCAACCUGUUGAAGUCGGCGGGUGAGCAGGAUGUGCCAAACUAUGGUGGUUUUAGUACGCAGUACUGGGGGUUGUGGGAGUGUUUGGUCGACAUGGGCUACAUCGGAAUUGCCCACUCUCUGCGGGGUAUUCAUCCCAAGCGUCGCGAGGUGCAUGGCGUAUUGGAUGCCCAUGACAUGGAUCGAAACCACGACAUCUCCUCCGAUCGGGUGGUUGUGGAGAACUUUUUCGGUCGCAUAUGCACUCUCUGGAAGAUUUCGUUGGCUACGUACACUUGGGGUGAUAAAAACUACAACACGAUCCAGCGCACGACGUUCGCAUUGACGAACUUCCACCUCUCGUUGAUGCCAUUGCGCGCGGAGGACGAAGAGUUUUACAUGUCUGUAAUUGCUCGUUACGAGCAGAUGGCGAAUGAGAAGAAGCGCAAGCGCAGUGAAGCUCAACGCCGCUAUCGUUUGAAUCGCCAAGAGAGAUUGUCCAUUGACAGCAACCGCGCUACACGCUUUCUGUCGCCAUCGAUGAAUCGUUCGAACAGCAACUAUUAG